AUGUCUUGUUGGGCACUUCCUGGGCCCCAGACCUCUUUCAAUAUCGUCAAAGCUUCUCUCUCCAAACAAUGGAAAGCUACCGGAUCCCUGGACCUUUUCCUCCUGGAUAAUGGUGUGUUCAUCUUUAAGUUCUACUCUGAAGAGGUGAAAGCUCAUGCACUGGACGGUGCUCCUUGGAUGGUCAGCUCCAAGCCCAUCUUCCUUCGUCAAUGGAGCCCUUACGUUCUUCUCCACAAGGUCGACCUCAACUCUAUUCCCUUGUGGGUCACCCUCCCUGGUCUCCCUUUGCAUUAUUGGAGCCAAGAAUGCCUUAGCCGUAUUGGUUCUGUCAUCGGUUAUCCACUGUAUAUUGAUGCUCGCACUUUGAAGAUGGACCGCCUUUCUUUCGCUCGAAUUUAUGUAGAUGUCUCGGCCGACUGCGCUCCUCCUUCGUCCAUCACCAUCUCAGAAGAGGAUGGCUUUAGCUUCGUUCAAUCAAUAAGAUUCGACUGGCUGCCACCCCAUUGCAUCCAUUGCAAGUUAUUUGGUCACUACUCGCACGAUUACUCUGGUAAAACCCCCAUCUCCUUCGUUGCGCAAGUUUCUUCUGAGGAUGCUUCUGCAACUUUGGCACCUUUGUCUAUUCUCGAUGCUCCCAUGUCUGAACCCCCUGGUUCGAGCUGCCUCCCGACUCCUUCCACAGUUUGUCCCUCUAGGUCUCCUAGCCGUGGAAGAUGA